AUGGCUUCGUUUCCGAUAUCCAAUCUUCAACCGUGGAGUUCGCAAUGGUUAAUUGGAUUGACUCUGCUAACUACCUUUACGGUUUGGUAUAUCUUCAAUAAAAUCAAAGAAAGAGGUGUUCUAGGCCGUACCCGCAGAAUUUCCACGGCCAAAACACCGCCACGCUCAGUAUCGCCUGAGAAAUCAUUAUCAGGGUCAUCAUCUCCCACAAGCUAUAACAGUGUCUUUCCUCCAUCACGCAGAGAGGCAAUGGCCAGUCUAAAAAGCGGAAAGCCCGCAACAGCACUGGACAGAGUCAGUGACGAGAAGAUUCACAAAAACAUCCUCCCAAUGACGGAGAAUUACGAAACAGCAAAGGGAAGCCUAUACACUCCAAUGGGGUUUUCUGUCGAUGAAAUCAAAGCGAUGGGGGAUUUUCCAGAUUAUACUAUUCUAAGUGGCGUGCCGUUGCCAAAGGCUUACAACGAAUUUGAUAUCGACAAGGCUCUCCCUCGUCCGUAUCGACCAUUUAGAUGGUCCUAUCACCAAACCAUGUCAUUGAAAAAACUUGAAACCGAUUGGUGGAUUGAAUUGGAAAACACUUACAAGCAGCGAAUCGCUCAGCGCAAAGAUCUGUAUGCGAAGCACGGCAAGGCAGUGCUUGAUUAUCUACCAGGAUCCGAAAUUGCCUGCAAGGAAUUAAUGGAAAUGGUCUUGCAAUUUAUCUGUGCUCGAUAUCCUCAUUUGUUCCAACUCAAGGAUAAUCGUAUUCUGGUAAAUAAUAUUCUGGGAAAUGAGCAAGACAUUCGCGCCAAACACCCCUUGGAGAUUCUCAUGGACAAUAUUCCCGAGGAUUUUGCUAUCACAUUGCGAGACGAUUCCACGGGUUACUACGUCUUCCGUGCUGGGGUUAUUUGUUCAGCACUCGGUUGGAAUGUUGGCACCAAGAUUGGUCUUCAGCUGCAUGAGAUCCAUGCCCCGAUACCCGACUACAAAGAAAAGAUGAAGUUUUCAAUGGACCGCUUUUUCACCAAAAUGCCAGCAGAUAAGCCUAUUCAACGUGGCUCAUGGGGACUAGAAGUUGGCCGUCCACUAUACAUGCCACCAGGUGACCCGCAUGAGCAACACAGAUUGUCUCAAAGCCCCAAUUUACUCCUUGAGGAUUGCCAUCUUCGAGUAGAUUGGCAAACGCUUCGCCGGCUUCCAAUCUCUGGCGGUGUUGUUUUCAACUUCAAAGCUGUCUUCACACCAGUUACCGAAUUCAGAUAUGAACCCAAAAUCCCUGCAUUGAUUGCCAAAAUUCUUCGGGAAGGAAAGAAGAGCUUGAUGGAAUACAAAAACACGUGGCAUGUAGAGCAUAUUGUCCUCCCCGCUCUAGAUAAAUGGAACAAAGAGCAGGAAGAUAGUGGCAUGAUUAAGAAAAAUUGGGAUGUAUCCACGUUGGAUGAGGACCCGUGGUUCCAAGACUGGGAGGAAAAGUGGCACCGGCAGCAAGGCUUCUAG